AGCGUCUGCGAUGACGGCUAGGACCUGUCUGAUGCUGCCGUCGUUUGCCACCAGCUGGGCUGCGGAGGGGCGCUGGAGGCGGUUGGCUCCGCUCGCUUCGGGGAAGGCUCCGCUCAGAUCUGGCUGGAGAGCGUGAACUGCUCCGGGGCCAAAGCUGCUCUCUGGGACUGCCUGGCAGGGUCCUGGGGGCAGCACGACUGCGGGCACAAAGAGGACGCAGGAGUCGUCUGCUCAGAGUUCACGGCCCUGAGGCUGGAGAACGGCACCAACUGCUCCGGGCGCCUGCAGGUUUUCUACAAUGGGACGUGGGGGAGCGUUUGCUCCAACUCCAUGACUCCUGAAACUGUGUCGCUGGCAUGCAAGGAGCUGGGCUGCGGGGACAGAGGGUCCCUGGAAACACAACGGCCCUACGGCAGGCUGUCUGGCACGGCCUGGCUGGACCGUGUGGAGUGUGGGGAGAGAAACAGCUCCUUCUGGCAGUGUCCCUCCGCUCCCUGGCACCCGCAAUCAUGCGACGACCUGCGAGAGGAGACCCACAUCACCUGCAAGGGGGCUGCGCAGGUGAGGCUGGAGAAUGGCGGCGGACGCUGUGCUGGGAGAGUGGAGGUAAAACCCCAGGGCCAGUGGGGGACCGUGUGUGAUGACUCCUGGGACACAAAUGAUGCUGCAGUGGUUUGUAAGCAGCUGGGCUGUGGGUCCGCUGUCAAAGCUUAUGCUGAAGCACACUUUGGGCCAGGAUCUGGCCCCAUUUGGAUGGAUGAUGUUAAGUGUCACGGCACAGAGUUGGCCCUGUCUGACUGUAGACACUGUGGAUGGGGUCAAAGCUACUGUCAUCAUGGUGAGGAUGCUGGGGUGACUUGCUCAGGAUUUGUCCAGCUGGUUGGAGGGGACAAUCCCUGCUCAGGACGAGUAGAGAUUCAUGAUGGGAGCCAGUGGAAAAAUGUCUGUGACUCCGACUUUGGUCCCAAAGCUGCCGACCCGGGGUUUCCUCCUGCUACAGGGAGCCGUCAGGUGCGGCUGGUGAACGGGCCUGGGCGCUGCGCUGGGAGAGUGGAGAUCUACUACCAGGGCAGCUGGGGGAGCGUCUGCGAUGAUGGCUGGGACCUGUCUGAUGCUGCCGUCGUUUGCCGCCAGCUGGGCUGCGGAGGGGCGCUGGAGGCGGUUGGCUCCGCUCGCUUCGGGGAAGGCUCCGCUCAGAUCUGGCUGGAGAGCGUGAACUGCUCCGGGGCCGAAGCUGCUCUCUGGGACUGCCCGGCAGGGUCCUGGGGGCAGCACGACUGCGGGCACAAAGAGGACGCAGGAGUCGUCUGCUCAGAGUUCAUGGCCCUGAGGCUGGAGAAGGGCACCAACUGCUCCGGGCGCCUGCAGGUUUUCUACAAUGGGACGUGGGGGAGCGUUUGCUCCAACUCCAUGACUCCUGGAACUGUGUCGCUGGCAUGCAAGGAGCUGGGCUGCGGGGACAGAGGGUCCCUGGAAACACAACGGUCCCUUAGGAGCUGA